AUGAAUUGGCUCAGCCAGGCUAGAGGUGCAGGGGACACCGGCCAGGAGUCCAGCCUGCGCCAGGACUCAUCCAACGAAAGACCAGGGAAAUUCCCCCAUCUCUCCGAAUUCAUGACAAUCGACAAAGACUACCAACCUAAAGACGUGCCCGGCACCCAAGCGCCUGUCGACUCAGGCCAUGUCAUCUACAUCAAAGAUACAUCCGCAAAAGACACCCGCAUCAACGACCGCGUUAUGCUGGUCCUCUUCCACAAUCAGCCCUUCUCCCAUACUUGCCUGUCCUUUUGCUGCCACUCAGACUUCAGUGGCGAAACUCUCAACCAUAGCCAUGCACUCGUGUACACGGAUCAGGGCCAGCAAACGGCCCCCCAGCUAUCUCAAGCCCAGCAACCAAACAUCGGUCUUCCACGCCUCGAGAUCAACCUGCGCCACAAUAACACCCCUUUCUCACUCCAGCCGGACAUCUAUCUCAACUUGCGAGAGCACUGGAACGUCGAGCAGGAAGUACGAUUCGUUAUUCUAGGUCGAGUUGAAAGAAGUUCUUAUCAGAGACUGGUGCCUGAGAUUGAACGUUUAUUUUGCCAAUCAAUAUCCGGUGUAGAUAUCGUUAAGGAUAGAGGAAAUCCCUUGCCUCCCAACGGGCAGGAAUCCGCAAGUCUAGAGAGGAAGAAGAGUAAUCGAAAAGACAAAGUCCACGGGACUACGAGGGAAAAGAGGAGAGAUAACAUAUCUCAUUGGCCUAUUUCUGCUUCCUUUCAGCGACAAGAGCCUGGCGCCUAG